GUCACGGCGACGACGAUCCAAGAACUCUCUAUUCAUAUUGCUGAAUGCUCGCUUUCCGGGCAGGCGUAAUUGUGGGAUCCGCCCAACCUUCAAAAAAAAAGUGCAAAAAGUAAACCAAAUGAAAUUCUAG